AUGUACGCCGCUCAGAAUAUAACGCCAACAGUUUUGGAUGCUAUGAAUGGAAAUGUUUCCGAAUGGUAUAACGAAUGCGACAAUGCCAUUAGAAGGUCAGAAAUAGUUCCUGGAACUUACGAAUAUACAACUGCUGUUUCUUAUGGAAACGUAGGUGAGUUUGGAGAAGGUUCUUCAACAACAGUAGAUAUUGCUUGCGACAGGUUUCAUAUUAUUUCUAUUGACAACUCAUUCUUAUACGUGGAACAAGACAUUGAAAUAAAACCUUCUGCCAAGUUGUCUGACAAGAAAGGUUGCAAUGGAAUUUUCUAUGUCGGAUACCAAUAUGCUCCAGAAGUUUUCAUGGGAUAUAAGAUAUAUUCUAACUCUGACUUAGUUCAAACAGUAACAUGGGCAAACUAUGAAUGGUUCGCUUUGAGAAACUCAGUACAACCACAAGCUAGAGAACAAACAGACCAGUAUGCAACUAUUGAGAAAAUAAGAAGACUUGACCCUAACGUUCCAGGAGUUUAUGUUGACCUUUCUGGACAAAAUGCAGCAGCAGUAACCAAAGUAAAAUUGAAACUUAGAGUUCCUUUGUCAUCUUUCCUCAUCUUCAGGUUUUUAAGAUACUUGCCAAACUGGGCAGGAAAAAUUUCUAUCGAACUUACUCCAAGCAAAAAUAACUUAGUCAUUGCACCAACACAAGACCCAUUCACUCUUACAGAA